AUGGAAAGCCCUCACGAGCACCAGCAGAGCCUACUCCUUGGCCGCAUCAUCACCAAUGUGGAGAAACUCAAUGAGGCGAUCAUGGUUCUGAACAAGAACCUUCAGGAGAUCAAUAUUCAGAACAUGAAUGUCGAGCUGGUCGCUCAGAUGUUCAAGAACUACCAAUCUAAUGUGCUGUUCCACCUCGAAGCAACGGACAGCCUCAAAGACCCGGUUGAGCAGUGA